AUGAUCACUUGCACACGCUCACUAAGGGUCGUGCCGGGCCAGCCAGCACAACUCAUCUUGGAUGAGGGACAGGUGGAGGAUCCCUUCAAGGAUAGGCGCCAUGGCCUGGCGCCGGGGGAGGUACCAGUCAUGACCUUGACGGAGCCUGCUAUGCCUCUCACGACCAUUGAGGUGCCAGCUCACGCUGACAAAAAAUUCUAUGAGGGCAUCAUGGAGCUUUUGUCGGUCUCCACCGGGAUGGUCGUCUUUCGUUUCUUGGGGCAGCAGGUCUGGGACAAGGAUUAUUACAUGAUGGCGCAAGAAAUCUUCUCGGAGUUGUGCGAGAUUGUGGACUCGCGGCCCACAUACAUUGUAAAUGUGGCAAAGGGUGACGUUCGCAGCCUGCCGGUUGCCUUUGCAGCCUUGUCGGACGUGUCACUUGCAGAGCCGGAUGCAACGUUUGGCUUUCCCGAAGUCCGCGUUGGGGGCAUGCCCGCUUGCGUCACCGUUGCAAUGCGGAAGCGCAUUUCUGACGACUACAUUCGGAAGAUGAUUACAGAUGGCCUCCCUAUCGAUGCCAGGGAGGCCCAGCGGGUGGGUUUAGUCGACUUUGUUGGUGAUGUGGAGACGGAGCUGUCGCGCAUCAUCUUCAGGAACUGCAAGCCUAAGGUGACGAACGUCAUGUACAGACCUGAUUGUGAAAAAGCCUGGGGGGCCCAAUGA